AACUCCACUGCAAUCAGGGGAAUGACAGCCCAGGCUGGCUUGGAUUUCUAUUAAACCCAGGGACUGGAUUAGGGAAGUUUUGACAGGUGAAGUGGUGCAUUCCGGUGUGCUUUGUGGAUUUCUCUUCUAGCAGAGAACAAUCAAACCCACUCAGCCUGCGAGUGGGAGAGCAAACAAAGGGCUGGGUGAACCGGUCCUCUGUUAUUAAGCACCAGUGCCCACAGCAGCUCAUCCAGAUCCGGGGGACCCAUCAUGUCCGACAAACCAGACUUUGCAGAAAUCGAAACGUUCGACAAGACCAAGCUGAGGAAGACAGAAACCAGAGAGAAAAAUCCGUUGCCCACUAAAGAAACUAUUGAACAGGAAAAGCAAAGUGAAAGUACAGCCUGAACAUAACAGCUGAAGAUGUGACUGCUGCUUCUUCGAUGGGCUUUUGGCUUCCUACUUGGGAUGUUUUGCUUUGUUCUUUUUCUCCCCCUUCCCCCUCCCCCCCAAUGUUUGUUGUCCCUUUAUUUUAGCAAACUCUUGCUUAUUUAACGUUCCCUGGGGAAGAAGUUUGGGUUGUGUUUGCUGAACGAGAUACUCUGUGUUUGUGUUCUUAAAAUUGUUGACUCCAAGUUCAGCCAAGAGAAAAAGGUGGUUUGCAUAAAAACUGCUUUCCUAAGCCUCACAAUAAACAGGUUUCUUCUGA